GGGUGCACGCUGUUCAUGUCAGGCGCGAGGAGGGGGCGAGAGGAGGAAUGGCUGAAAGCUGACGGUGCUCUCCUCCCGUGUAGGACACAAACCAGGACGAAACCACUUCACGGUGUGAUCACUACAGACUCCGCGGUGCAGUACUUUAGCCUUUUAGCGACUCGUUAGCAGCCACCGCUCUGCUCUGGCUAAUUUGAUGGGAAAGCGCAAAAGACGCAAGGUAGGCUCCUGUCGCAAGCACUGCUACUUUAUUUUUAUGGACUAAAACGACACACGGGGCUGAGACAUGUUUCAAAACGAGGUGAAUGCAUCGCGUUUGAAAACACUAUUGACUUUUUAGCAACGACCAAACGCCAUUCGUGAAUAUUUUGUAGACGAUCUCGUAUGAAGUGUGCAUGCGUUUUAUUAGUGUUUUGAAAAGCGGCGGCUAGGCUUCACCUCUCCAUGCCUCAGCUGAAGUCUUGAGGGUAGCUUAAACCGCGCACAAAGGCCCCCUUAUUUCACUGGCACCUGAUCAACCGAGGGGAAAAUGCGCGUGGAUCUGUUCUGGUUGUGUUUUUGGGGGGUUCUCCGGUUGGGGGCCACUGGUCAAGGACAGCCGACCACCACCGUGUGCUCGCCCGUGUGCAGCUGCGAUGAAGAUGGGGGCGCCGACUGCUCCGGGAAAGGGCUGACCACGGUACCCACCGGACUCCGUGCGUUCACCUACUACCUUGAUUUGAGCAUGAACAACAUAACUGAACUGCCAGCCUUCGUCUUCAAGAACCUGCCCUAUUUGGAGGAACUGCGUUUGGCGGGAAACUACUUGUCAUUCAUUCACCCUGAGGCUCUGUCUGGACUCCAUCAGCUCAAAGUCCUGAUGCUUCAAAACAACCAACUGAGGACUGUGCCAAGUGGCGCCUUGAAGAACCUCCACUCUCUCCAGUCCCUGCGUUUGGAUGCCAACCACAUCACCAGUGUCCCGGACGACAGCUUCGAGGGGCUACAGCAGCUCCGCCAUCUUUGGUUGGAUGACAACAACCUGACGGAGGUGCCGGUGGCCUCUCUCAGACACCAGGCCAAUCUGCAGGCCCUGACUCUGGCACUGAACCACAUCUCACACAUACCAGACAACGCCUUUGCUAACCUGACCAGUCUCGUUGUUCUGCAUCUCCAUAACAGCCGUAUUAAGGCCAUAGGGGAGAAGUGCUUUGCUGGUCUGGUGAAUUUGGAGACUCUAGAUCUUAACUUCAAUAAGUUGAUGACUUUUCCCAAAGCGAUCGAGGCCCUGCCCAAACUUAAAGAGCUUGGCUUUCACAGUAACUACAUUGCUUCCAUACCUGAAGGGGCCUUCCAUAACAACCCCCUGCUACGAACCAUACAUUUGUAUGAUAAUCCUCUGUCUUCUGUGGGGGCCACGGCGUUUCAAAACCUGUCCGAACUGCACUCACUAAUGCUGCGUGGAGCCAGCAAAAUGGAGAACUUUCCCAUUCUCACAAACACAAACAACCUGGAGAGUCUGACGUUGUCAGGUACCAAAAUAUCUACAGUCCCUGCUCAUCUGUGUGACGACCUCAAGCUUCUGAGAACUCUGGACCUCUCUUACAACAGCAUAGUGGAGUUGCCUUCUUUCCAGGGCUGUGUCCGACUCCAGGAAAUAAGCUUCCAGCAUAACUCCAUUCAGAAAAUCGACCGAGACACUUUUCAGGGUCUCUCUUCUCUGCGUUUGCUAGACCUGAGCAGGAACCAAAUCCGAGUCAUUCACAAAGAUUCUUUUCUCACACUGUCAGCACUUACCAACCUAGAUCUGAGCAUGAACUCCCUGACUCUGAUUCCCACGAGUGGACUGAGUUCACUGAGUCAACUCAAACUGUCCGGAAAUCCACAGAUGAAAAAUGUGCUGCCUGCAAAAACACUGCCCAAACUCAGGUCCAUCUCUGUGCCCUAUGCCUACCAGUGCUGUGCUUUUGUCGGAUGUGAUCAGACAAGUUUAGAGGAAAACGAUGCAAAGAAACCAGGUGGAGAAGAAGUAGAAAGGAUCUCGAUGUUGAUGCAUUGCUCCCCUUCACCGGGCGCCUUUAAACCCUGUGAGCACUUGUUGGGGAACUGGAUGAUUCGUCUGACCGUGUGGUUCAUUUGUCUGGUGGCUCUGGUCUUCAACAGUUUGGUUCUUGUUGCCACAUUUGGACCCACUCAUCGAACAGCCCGACAGCCCUACUCUCUGGCCCCCAGCCUGCCCCCUGCCAGGCUGCUAAUGGGGCUGUUGGCGCUAGCAAACCUCCUCACAGGACUCUAUGUGGGCAUCCUGACUGCUCUGGACCUGGCCACAUGGGGCUCGUUCGCUUCGUUUGGGGUGUGGUGGGAGAUGGGCCCUGGCUGUCAGAUCACAGGGGUGCUGGCGGUCUUCUCCUCCGAGUGGUCCAUUCUGUUGCUGGCAUUGGCUGCGGUGGAGCGGAGUGCAUCUGUGCGCGUGAUCCUAGGAAAGGUCAUGCUGUCCCCUCGUAGGAGCAGCUCUCAUGGGGGUUGCUGGAGAGGGGGGCGGCGCUUCAGUCUGGCCGCUGGGGUCCUGGCUCUGCUGGCUGCAGCUGGAGCCUGCCUGCCCCUCCUCACCUCCAGUGACCAGGCCUCGCCCCUGUGCCUGCCCUUCGCAGGGGUCGACAGUCCGGCUCUGAGUGUUACUGUGGUGCUGGUGCUGCUCAAUGCUCUGGCGUACCUGUUCACUGCUGCAGUUUACACACAGCUCUACUGCCACCUGGGCCGAGUGGAGCUGGCUGACCCGGAGCAGUCUGGGGCUCUGCGGCACGUGGCCUGGCUCAUCUUCACCAACUGUAUCUUCUUCUGCCCUGUCGCUGCCUUCUCCUUCGCCCCUCUCCUCACGGGGUCCGCUGGGGGUCCGGAGAUCGCCAAGUCUGUCACACUGAUCUUCUUCCCUCUGCCCGCCUGUUUGAACCCUGUGCUGUACGUGUUUUUCAGCCCGGCCUUCAGGGAGGACUGGACUCGUCUGCGUGGCCUCAGAGGGUCAUCCCGAGAGGUCAAAGGUGAGGGUCAAUGUGACGAUGGGGGCGGGAGCUCAGAGCUGACGGACAGAGGCUCUUCUACACUAGGCUCAGAGUGUGGGCUGUACUCUCAGCUCUGUGCAGAGGUGUGUGAGCGUUGUGAGGCGGCUCUACACGCCCGGACCUGCCCCUCCAGCGCCUCUGUGUGCAGACAUUUGGUGAAGGCGCACAGCUGUCCCACCCUCUCGGGGGCACCGUUGUGCCCGCGCACAGAGGGCUUUUGGGCAGAUAGCGGAACGCCUCUCGCCCAGUCGGAGUAUGCAGACGAGGGCGACUCUUUUGUGUCGGACAGUUCAGAUCAGGUGCAGGCUUGUGGCAGGGCCUGCUUCUGUCAGAGCAGAGGACUGCCACUGGUACACUACUCAUACAACAUACCUCGAGUCAAGGACUGACAGGUCCUGCACUAUCACAACAGAGACGCUUCAACUCAAUGUGCCAACUACCAUUUAAAAAGACUACAAAAGCACUUAGGUAUGUACUUACUGUGUAAACAGAAAUGCAACCAUUUAUUUAAAGGGAUCUCAAAGAGUAGCGCUACUAAGGACAUGUUUUUACUCUAACUGAGCACAUCACGUUACAGACUUAAACAGCAGUGAAUCUGUUGCCACAGUGCCUGCCUUUGGAUCUCAUGUUGUCAGACUCAGUUUUUGUUAUAAGCUUUUAAAUUGUUUUAUUUGUAUGCUUCUUGUUGAUUCCUAAGCAACUUCACCCCAAAUUUAUUUUUAUUUGGAUGUAUGAUUUUUAUAAGUGAAAUGUAGCACAUGUAUCAUAUUUCUAGGUCUGAGUGUGAAUGUAAAAGAGGUGGUCUCUUUCGCCCUUCGGUUGAGGACACUGUAACUUCAGCAAUAACUUGUGUAUGUCUGUGAUGUUAAUCAGCACAAGAAUGAUUUAGCUCCACGCCCUGGUCCAUGAAUAAACACCUCUGGUUUGGUGUAACCAAGACUAAGAAUGUGAUUAAAGUAGCAGAUUUCACUGUUUGGACACAGCUCCCAUGCUCCAUGCUCCACAGGACAUUAUUUAUUGUUGGAGCAGCAGGAUAGCCUGAGAGUAUUCAGCUGUGGAAAUGGCCUUUACAUUACAACUCUAAUACACCAUAAUUCAAAGGAUUUACAAAGUAGAAACAAUGUUUAAAAAUAUUACAUGCAAAACAAAUUAUAUCAGGUUAGAUCAAGAAUUACAUAAUCAGAAAUGUUAAAAUAAAAAGUUAAGACUAUUUUCCAGUGUGCACAGAAACAGGAAUUUAUAUGAGAGUCAUCCCAGUUUUCCUGGUUUUCUGAUGGAUAUGCAUCAGACAGGCAGCUGAGUCAACAUGAAACAGACCAGAUAUUUUAUAAUGAACUUUAAUAACCAAAAUGUCAAUCUUCAGUCAUAGAUCAAUGUACACCCAAUAUUAGGAAAGUAUUACAGUGAAUGAUGCAACAGUCUGAAGAUCCACUAUCAAAACAAUUUGAUCAGAUGUAAUUGGAAAUGUUCCCUUUGAUUGGGCCUGGCUGCAGGUUUAAUGCAGAGAGUGGGGCUGCAGUGCAUCAGGGUUUGGCUGGUGUUUGUAGAGCAUGACUGUACACAUAAAGGUGGGUCCGCCCUUUCAGCAUGUAUCCACAAGUGCAUGUCAUGUGAGCGCUCAGGAAUUUAGGCAAUGUUCAUUUAUAGUUCGUUCAAUUCAAACUUUUUAUAAUCUGUUUAGGCGUUGCAUUUUGUCCUGUUUUUCUGUUGAUUCCAAAUGUGUGUGUGUGAUGGUAAAAUGAUGAGUGCUUGUAAAUCUGACAGAAUAAAUGUAAUCAAGAAUGGGACGCUACAUUAAGGAAGCUACCUCCAUAAAUGCAUAGGCUGCGCUUUGUUUCAUGGCUAUUUGCUUUAUGUUGAUACAUGUGUUUGUACCAUAUUGUUUGAUUCAAAUGUGGGAGGUUGUGUACUGUAUACUGUGAUUAUUUUGUUAGCCAAAAAAUAAACUAUGAAUUAUUAUUUUGUCUUUUAUAGAUGGGAUGAAAGUAUAAAAAAAUGUUUCACAGAAAUUCAGUCUAAAUUAAUGUUUUUAGUUAUGUUAUCCUUUUUGACAGAGAUCCCCAGGUUUUUUGUUCUAGUAAAAUAAUUUGUUCUAAUUGUGAAUAAAAUAAUUUGCAUAAAUUGUGUAUUUUAAUAUGUACCUUUGUGGUACUCCAUUGACCUAUGUGUAAAAACACUGGUUGGUUUUGAAAGGACCACACAGAGCAGCUUCUGCACUGAG